CGACACACAGGAAGUUGAAUAAUCAGCUGAUAGUGGUGGUGUUUUGUUGGAAGUUGCGGUUGUUUGUGAAGUGUUUAUAUUCCUUUCUCUUCAAUUCACGACAAAGACACAACAAACGAAAAAAGGAAUUCGAUGGACAUUUAAUUAUUAAUGAUGUUAUGAAAAUUAGCUAAGUGACUCACUGUUACAAUUUCAACUCAUAGCUAGCUAGAUUGCUGUUGAAUCCUCGGGAAGAAAGAAAACAGCAACGUAACGUCAGUCAACGGGUUUGAGACGUUCUUUGUUUUUGUUUUGUCAGACAGAAUUGCAGUAUUUGGUUUCUUCUUUUUGAACAUUGUUUUAUAUUUAUUUAGAAUUGUGCGUGGAUUUUGAUUACAAUAACUAUACAGGAGAGCUAGCUAGCAUAGCUACAAGUCGCCGAUAAUUGUUGUCAAGCUGCUGAGUUGUCUAAUCAGAAGCGAGACAACAGAGCUGUUUACAUAGUGACGAGUGUGGAAAGAUUUCAGACUAGCUAGGUAGUUGUGGUGUGAUCGUCAUUUGCACAUCACUCGGUUAGCUCAACUGCGACCUGUUGGUAGAGUUACAUGUCAGCCACCAACCUGUAAUUCUCAGUUAGCGUUGUGUGUAAUUUAGCAGGUUUGUUGCGCAAUUCCUGUAUGCCAACGUUGUCAUCAAGGAUCGCUGGUCCAAAAGUAUGGUAACAGCAGUGUGUCGUAACUAAGUUUUGGAGUGUCUUGACCUCUGAGAAGGUGUCAUUUGUCCCACUGUCAAUAUAUUUCAGGGUGUUUUAUGUAAACCCUUAUUGUGUAUGCCUAUAAAUUAAGUAUUAUUGUAUUGUGUUAAUAACUUAAUGUUGUGUACAAACCGUGCAAUUGAAAAGGAGUGAUUUAAGAAGAGAAGGAUCAGGCAGUCUAAUAUUAAAGAACGGUCCAGUUCUGGCACAGGCACAGAACCUCGUUGAAAAUCCUUCUCCCUACUUGCCAAUGCUGGAUCUGGAAGUUGUUCCUGAAAGAUCUUUAGGACAUGAGCAAUGGGAAUUCGCAUUAGGGAUGCCAUUGGCCCAGGCCAUUUCCAUUUUACAGAAACACUGCCGCAUCAUCAAGAAUGUCCAGGUUCUCUACAGUGAACAAACGCCACUCAGUCAUGACCUCAUACUCAACUUGACUCAGGAUGGAAUUAAACUGUUGUUUGAUGCCUGUAACCAGAGACUGAAGGUGAUUGAAGUAUACGACUUGAGCAAAGUGAAAUUGAAAUACUGUGGAGUACAUUUCAACACUCAGGCGAUAGCACCCACUAUAGAGCAGAUUGACCAGUCGUUUGGCGCCACACACCCUGGAGUAUACAAUGCUGCAGAGCAACUGUUCCACUUGAACUUUCGGGGACUCUCCUUCUCCUUCCAGCUUGACUCAUGGAAUGAAGCUCCCAAGUAUGAGCCUAACUUUGCCCAUGGCUUGGCCUCCCUGCAGAUUCCGCACGGGGCCACAGUGAAACGGAUGUACAUCUAUACUGGGAACAACCUACAGGACACCAAGGCUCCAGUGAUGCCCCUUGCCUGUUUCCUUGGCAACGUGUAUGCAGAGUGUGUGGAUGUGCUGAAGAAUGGUGCGGGACCACUUGGUCUGAGACUUCGCAUCCUCACUGCAGGCUGUGGGCCGGGGGUGAUGGCUGAUGCCAAGGUGCGUGCUGUGGAGAGGAACAUCUACUUUGGAGACUCCUGUCAAGAUGUGCUGAGCGCUCUGGGCUCGCCACACAAGGUCUUCUACAAGUCAGAGGACAAGAUGAAGAUCCACUCUCCGUCGCCUCACAAGCAGGUCCCGUCCAAAUGCAAUGACUACUUCUUCAACUACUUCACCCUGGGGGUGGACAUACUCUUUGAUUCCACCACACACCUGGUGAAGAAGUUUGUCCUUCAUACCAACUUCCCUGGUCAUUACAAUUUCAACAUAUAUCAUCGAUGCGAUUUCAAGAUUCCACUUGUCAUUAAGAAAGAAGCUGCUGAUGCUCAGUGGGAGGACUGCAUCCUUACUACCUACAGCAAGUGGGAUCAGAUUCAGGAGCUUCUUGGACACCCCAUGGAGAAGCCUGUCGUGCUCCACAGGUCAUCCUCGGCAAAUAAUACCAAUCCGUUCGGCUCUACAUUCUGUUUUGGAUUACAGCGAAUGAUCUUUGAGGUGAUGCAGAACAACCACAUAGCUUCAGUGACUCUGUACGGCGCCCCCAGACCCAACAGCCGGGCCCGAGCCGAGGCCAGCGCCCACUGAACAGCAUCCUACUGCCAACCCAGGCCCGGCCUGAGGGCUGUCUCUCCCCUCCUCCAGUCCACGCCACAGCAUCCCUAGGCUGAUCAGAGCAGUGUACUCUGUCUCACUCAAUCUCUCACCCACUGCCAUGUUCACACCAGAGAGGACCCAUCUGCCCCACUGUGACGGGCACCUCAUCCAGAGGCCUGCUAGGAGCCUUACGUCAGCCUUCAUCCCACCCCCCCUCCCCCCUCUGACUCACCCUGUCCCAAUGGUCUUCAUCAUCAGAACACUCAUUAGAUGUGUUGGCAGUGUUUCAUCAAUGCACAUUUGUAUGCCGGCGUGUACAAACACAUGCUCACCUGCAUACACAAAUGAGCACCUGCGUGCAUGUUACAGUUUUUUAAAUGACUUAAUACAUGCUUGACAUGCACACAUAUAUCAGAAACUGAUACCAAAAGCAUUUCAAUCCUUUCUCCACUAUAUGUUCAUGUUACCGGUUCAUUUACAUGCAUAUGGAUGCAGGCUCAUCUCAUAUCUGCAGCACUAGCAUAACAAGUACACCGUUACAUACACAGACAGUUACAGAAACAAACAUGCAUGCACACAGACACAAACAAUUGCAUGAAUAGAGAAGUUGUUGUUUUUAAAAGAAGAGUGGUAAAAGAUGACAAGCACAAACUGGCCUCCCCAUGGAGGGUCCUAGUGCUCUGCAUGCUUUGAGGGGGAACUGUCUUGGCACAUGAUCAAACACAGACACACGUAUACUGGUCCACAUACACCACACACAUUCAUACACUCAUGCCAUGAACAAGUCCUCAGCAUAAGCCACCACCUAUUGCAAGGCCGUAAAUCACUAACUGCAUUUGUAGUUAGUUUUGUGUUAAUUUGCCAGGACCGAUGGAAACAUUUGUAGUUCGUUAGUUUGUUUUGUGUUUAUUUGCCAGGACCGAUGGAAACAUUUGCACUAAGAUACACCCUAUUUACUUUCCUGUUGUUUCCUAUCCAAUGAGGAGUAUUGUGCAUUUUAUUUCUAUUAGUGAGGAAAUGCUCCAGCUCCUCUAUCCCGCGACUGACUUCCUUUCCUUCCACAUGUACACUGUCCACUGCUACCCCUGUCUUUACAGCCUUCCUCCCCAUGCUAUCUCAUGAUUUCUCUCUUUCCCCCUCCAUCUCUCUCUCUCUCUUCACAGCAGAUACCUUAAUGAAUCCCUCAGAUUUACUUCAUCAUUGCUAUCAUUCUUAAUUUAAAAAAGUGUUAAAUUGCCAAAAGUUUUGCCAAAGAUGGUUCAGCAUGUUUUAAGUUAUCCAGACAUUUUAGUUUGGCAAAAUUUGACCUUUUGCUCAGAAGAGCAGACAUUCCCUCCUAAACAAUAUUUUUCUUUUAUUGUAGGCCCCUGACCCAUAAUCUUAAUCUCUCCAAAGUACUUGUUGAGUAUAUAAUCUUUAUUAUUUGUGCUUUUUAAUGCAGAUAUUUUUAUCAUCCAGUUUUUAGUCUCCUGAGACUUCUCCCUAUGUGUAGCAGGUAGAUUUGGGACUAUGUGCAGCAGCAGUCUCUUCUGGUGUUUGUACAGAUUUGUAAAUAGUGUGCUCUUUUCUUUUGUCAUUUUAAGCUAAUGGUACAUUGUGGGUCUGAAUUGUUUUAAGGUCAGAGCACACACCAGACGUGACACUUGUAUUACUUAGGAAUUCUGUUUGAUGUCUCUCUCUUCCUAGUGGAGACAACAGUGGCGCUCCUAAGCCCUGGGCCUGGAGGGUUCAUUCAUCUCUCUAGUUCAGCUUUAACCACUUAGUACUAGAGACAGAUGCUGAAGAUGGGCUAAAGCCGAGACAAGGAGGGGUUACUGUUGGAUAGGGAAGGGAGCCCUGUACAGUCUGAUGUUUAGAACCCCUGGAUGUGUGUGUGAUCAGUGUUACAGUGGGUUGAUAAUGUUCUGGUGCUAGAUCAGAGGUGUGACUGAGACUUAUAAGUGUGUGUCCUCCUCUCAUCUUGUGUAUCUAUCUGCCAUCAUGUCAGCCCCAGUCAGACCAGCCCUCCAGGCCUCAGCUUAACAGCGUGUGAUGCAGGCUUAUUACAUGGGCAUUGUUCAUUCUGUUACGUUGACUUGUUUCAUGAGUUGCAAUGAAAAAAAACCCUGUACUGUUGUUUUUAAUUUCAUCCCUUGCUUUGUGCAAGUUGAAUAAAAAAAAAAAAUAAGAAAAGAAAAAGGUAGAAUGGCUUGUUAACGUUGUGCCUCAUCUCCCACCAAGCCUGUCUCGACUUCUCUCUGUAAAUUAAACUAGGCUAUAGAACUGCAUUGUGUAUGACUUGAGCAUGAAAAGUUAACAUGGUUGGCUGACUGUCACCCAUAGUCAUCAUUGUCCUCUUGCUCCAGAAAACAUAGCAGUAAAGAGUAGAUUAAAGACUUGGGUCACUAUUCAAUCUGUAUCGCUGAAGUGUUACAUCUAGCACGAUAAAUGUAAAGGUCAUUCAUUUUCAAUUACUCUAACUCAACUUUCUCGAUACGUAUUGAAUAGAGCCCUUGAUGUAAAGGUCCUGAGCUCAGUCAUGAAGGGCAUCGCUGUCAUCCUCAUCACAUAUCCCCCUGGUAUUCUGAUUGGAAGAUUUGCACAGUACACAAUACAUUGUUUUGUCUGGUCUUAUGUUCUCGUUGCUGGACACAGAAACAUGUAUAUCACUCUGAACAUCUCACAGCAAGACAAUGGUUAUAACAUCAGUUUGAGCACCCACUGGCCAGCCCUUCAUGACCUGAGAUGGAUACACAGACUGGUUGUGUUGGAAUUCAAAUACAAUGCACACAUAGCUUUGAGCGAGAAAACAACUGCAACACCACCAAUGUUGCGGGGAUGUUUCUGGAAUGUUACUGCUGAGAGUGAGUAGCUAGUGUGCUGGGCUGUGCUUGCCCAAUCUCAGGUGGACAUAUCAGAUAUUUUUUUAAUGCCAGGAGCAAGUGAAUGCUUAAUUUUCAUCAGCUGGUUUUAGCUAUUUUAUUUCCUCUGAGGUAAUCCUAUUUUUCCAUUGGAAUGAAUGAAUGGUUCUCCUUAAGAUUGUAAUUAUAAAUGGACAACUUCAGUUUAGUGCAAUACUUGUAUUAAUUAUAUGUAUUGUCUCCCUUUAUAUUGUGUGUUAUCUUCCUCCCCCAAAGUAAUUAUUUUUGGUGGAUUCAGUACAGUUAACCCAUUUCUGGAAAUGGAAAUUAUCCUUAAUUAAACUUGUGAAUCAAAUUCA